UAUAAAGCCAAUUACCAUGGUGCCAUGGGGUCUGUCAAAACACGAUCUCUCUCUUCUCUUGUAACCGGCCCAAACUUGCUUUCGACUCUUAAAAAAACUAGACCAAACAUAAAACCCUCCCACAAUGUCGAGCAAACCCGUCAUCGUCCUCACCCCAGGAGCAUGGCACUCGCCAGAGCACUUCCAAGACUUCCGCGACGAACUACACACAAGAGGCUGGGAGACUCACGGCGUGAGGAACCAAUCUGUCGGCUCUGAACCGCCGACCAAGGGCUUAUACGACGACGCGGCCGCCACCGCUGCCGUGUUACAAGAGCUCGCCGAUCAGGGCAAACAAAUCGUUCUUAUCGCCCACUCGUAUGGCGGUCUUGCGGCGGCCGAAGGCGUCAAGGGGUUCGGGAUCAAGCAGAGGACCGCGGAAGGCAAACCCGGCGGCGUCAUCAUGUUUGUGUACCUCGCUGCGUUUGUGGGACAAAAGGGGCAGAGCAUCUUGAGCUUGACGGGCGAUGUGUACCCCCCGUGGACGAAAGUAGAGGACGGCCGAAUCCUUCUCUUGGCCACCGAUGAGCCCUUCUACGGAGACGUGCCCUCAGAGGCACGGGAAAAGGCAAAGACCUUCCUCAAGCACCAGACGACGGUCUCGUUCGAGGAGGCAGUGACGUACGAGCCUUGGCACGACGUUACUUGCAUGUACGUCGGCUGCGAGGACGACCAGGCGAUUCCUUAUUUUGCGCAAGAGAAGAUGCAGGAGCUCCUGGGGCCCACGGCGACCAAGUUGAAGCUGAAGUCUGCGCACUCGCCGUUCCUUUCCAUGGUGACUGAGACGGCUGAUGCUGUUGAGCUUGCUGCGAAGAAGGGGCUGGAGUCUUUGUAGGGUUGAACAAGAGGUGUCGGGGGUUUGAAGUGGUUGUUAUCGCUAUGGAGGUGUGUGUUUUGAGUGCAGCAUUGUAUUGCCAUCGACUGGAGGGCGAUGUGGCGGCAUACCGUAGCCACGAGUGAUGACACUGAAUCAAUACUGUACAUAUCCAGUG